ACUCCUCGUGAACGCACGCCGCACAGAACUGCCGUAGCAGCGCUAAACACCCCCACACCUGCUCCGCCUUCCUCCUCCUCCUCCUCCUCCUCCUCCUCUUCCUCUUCCGGGACUCCCUGGAAUUCAAUGAAGGUUCAGGAGUUCAUCAAUGGUGGUUAAUGUUUAGAUUAAUAUUUCCACCAAAAUACUAGUAAUUAUCAAAAGAGACAGUACCCACUUGUAUUUGCCUUGAUAGCUGUUGAAUCAGGUUCAGGCUCAAGCAACAUCACCCACAAAAAUGGUGGCAGCAGACUCUGAAAUUGGAGAGGUGGAGUCACCAUUGCAAGUGGACCAACAGCAAAACAGGAACCAUCCCUUCCCGCCGCUUGGAAGACAAUCCUCCAUAUACUCUCUCACCCUCGACGAAUUCCAGCACGCAUUAUGCGAAAGUGGCAAGAACUUUGGCUCCAUGAACAUGGACGAAUUCCUCACAAGCAUCUGGAACGCUGAAGAAAGUCAAGCCAUCAGCGGAAACAACAACGCAAACAAUCAAGUUGGGAAUCAUGGGAAUUUGUCUUUGAAUGAGGUUGACAAUGGUAAAGGCAUAACUAAACAGCAUAGCUUGCCGAGACAGGGGUCGCUCACGCUCCCUGCUCCACUGUGUAGAAAAACUGUGGAUGAAGUUUGGUCGGAGAUACACAGGGAGCAGCAAGGACAAGGACAAGGACAAAGUAACAGCAACAAUGUGCUGAAUCCUGAGAACGCACAGAGGCAACCUACAUUUGGGGAGAUGACUCUAGAGGAUUUCUUGAUUAAGGCAGGUGUGGUGAGGGAACAAUGUAUGCCACUAGCACAGCCUCCACAACAGCAGCAGCAGCCUCAGAUUGGGUUGUAUCUGACUAGUAAUAAUCCGGUAGUGGUUCCUAAUUUUGUUUCUAAGCCUGUUAUGGGCAUGGGUGGAAAUAAUGGUGGUGGCGGUCAAUUCCAGACAAUGCCUCCAGCUGGAAUGAUUGGUGAGCCAUCAGUGUAUGCUAAUAACGCUAAAAAAGGGGGUUAUCCACAAACAAAUCCACCGCCGCCGCCACCAUCCCCACCUCCACAGCCUAUUUAUUAUAAUGGGAGAUUAGGGAAUGGUGGCACAUAUGGCGCAGGGCAGUCAAUGGUGCCACCAGUGAGUCCAGUGUCACCAGAUGGUAUGUGUCCUAGUCAGGUUGAUAAUGCAGCCACCCAGUUUGGAAUGGAUAUGUGUGGAGUACUUAGAGGCAGGAAGAGGAUCGUUGAUGGUCCAGUAGAGAAGGUUGUUGAAAGGAGGCAACGCAGGAUGAUUAAAAACAGAGAGUCUGCUGCGAGGUCAAGAGCCCGAAAACAGGCAUAUACGGUUGAGCUUGAAGCAGAAUUGAACCAGCUGAAACAAGAGAACACUCAUCUUAAGCAGGCUCUGGCUGAGCUUGAGAGGAAAAGAAAGCAACAGUACUUAGAGGAAUGGAGAAUGACAGCUCAAACCAAAGCUCAGAAAGCCAGAGAGAAACUGAGAGUAAUGAGAAGGAAUAUGAGUUGCCCUCUGUAAAGCAGCAAGAAAAGGAGAGAAACUAUCAACUAGUAGUAUUUUACCAAUCAAAAAAUGAAUGAACC